AUGGUGAUCGAGCCAUUGAUGUCAGAGCAACGGGAGAGUUAUUUCCAACAUUCAGACUGCAACUUCACGCUGGACCUCAAGUGUGCCUGGCCGAUAAGGGUCCUACACAGGAGCCACAGGCACAGGCUGACGGUCAAAAGGAGGAGGGGUUGCUCCUUCAUUUGCUAUGCGUGUGGGUUUCAGCACGAACGUCACACGAGAGAUGAGUGGGUAUUGUGCUACGAGUGUGCCGACUGUGAUUUCCAAAUCCAUGGAGAUUGUUCGGUUUUGCCCAAUGCCAUUGUGGUCCAACAUCACCCCCAUCCCCUUCUGCUACAAUAUUAUUAUAGGGGAUAUUUUUAUGCAGAUUAUGUAUGUAACAUUUGCAAGAGGAUUAUCUUUGAAAGGUACUAUGAACGUGAACGUGACUGCUAUGAAUGUGGGUACUAUGCAUGUGUCCAUUGCUGGUUUACUAAUGCUCAUAUCAACUGUGCUAUUCAACCAUUUCAACACAAGUCAGUGUUGAUUCGGAAUGCACAAGUUCCCAACUUGCUUCGUCUUCCCAUGGAAAAUGAAUACACGAGUGUGAUGGCAUGUGUAAUGAAGGCCAAUUAUACAAAUGAAUAUAAUGAAUAUGAUGGUAGUGGUGCUAGCAACUGUGAUGGCGAUGAUAAUACUACUAAUAUUGAUGAUAGCAAAUCAUCAUUAUUUCAAAAGAGCAUCCUGCACAAGCACCGUUUGAUUCUUCUUGAUGCAGAUGGUAUCGAUCGUGUUUGUAAUGCGUGCAUUCUAAUUAUAUCUCCACUCGAUCCAUAUUACACUUGCAUUUACAAUUAUAUUGGUGAUCACAACAACAACAACAAGAGUAAGAAGAAUAGCAAAUGUGGUUGUACAGAUUUCGUUCUCCAUAGCUCAUGUGUCCAUCUUCCUACUACUUCAGUACUCCAACAACAGUUGCCCGUAUCACUUAAACCCAACACAUCUCUAAGCAAUAUAUUCUGGUGCGCCCGGUGCUUUCGUUCAAGCAAUGGACCAUUCUAUUACAUGGAUGACCUCCCGUUGGCGGAUGUUGUGUGUGCUAAUAUGCCCUUUUCAAUCUCGCAUGACGCACACGCAAGUACACACAUUCUUUUCAUUUCACAGCUCCAAUCCGACUCACACAAAAUAUGUAAUUGUUGCGGAAAGGGACCGAGUUUUGGGUUUUGGUACAGAUGCAAUAGUUGUCGCAACUUCUUUAUACACGCCUAUUGUGCUCUCCUUCCGAACACAGUCCGCCACAAAUUCGACCGCCACCCACUAAAGCUAGUCGCUACCACCAAGAAAGACGGUCAUGAAAGAGAUGAAGAUGAGCAACAAAUGUUGUUAUGUGAGAUCUGUGAAAUGGACAUAGACAAGAGGUACUGGUACUACAGCUGCACCCAGUGUGAUCACUCUUUCCACAUUCGUUGCAUUCCUUAUUUCGAUCAUCUUUCCAAGAUCAAGCUCGGUUUCACUCUUCGUGUGGGCUGCCAUGACUGUCCGGUCACCUCUGUUCGAGCACUUUCAGUCGAUGGUUACCGGUGUGGCGACUGUGGGGAACACAUCAGGGAGUCGGACGAUAUCGCCUUCGAAUGCUCUAAAUGUUAUUUUAGAAUGCACAUAAUGUGUGUCGUGAAAUAUAUGUCAAAACAAUAG